AUGCGGUUCGCAGUGAGUUUGGUGCUAGUUUCGGCCGUCGGCCUGCUGCUGACGGUCAGUGGCAAAACGGCCACGAAGACGGGCAAGCAGAGUGACCACGAUCAUGAGAUGGACGCGCUGGACUGGUGGGAGGCCGGAGUAUUUUAUCAGAUCUACCCGCGCUCGUUCAAGGACAGCAACAACGACGGCGUGGGCGAUCUGGCCGGUAUCACCGAGAAGCUGGACCAUCUGGCCGACCUCGGCGUGGACGGUGUGUGGCUGAGUCCGGUGUUCAAGUCGCCGAUGGCUGACUUUGGCUACGACAUUGCCGACUUCCGGGACGUCGAUCCGAUCUUCGGCACAAUGGCGGACCUGGACCGGAUGAUCGCGAAAGCGAAAGAGCUCGGCAUCAAGGUGCUGCUGGACUUUGUGCCAAACCACACCAGUGACGAGCACGAUUGGUUCGUGAGGUCGCUGCGUAACGAGGCGGACUACCGUGACUUUUACGUGUGGCGUAAUGCGGCCGCUAACGGUCGGGAGCCGAACAACUGGCAAUCGGUAUUCCAUACACCCGCUUGGACGCGCCCCGAAGGUCAAACGCAGUACUACUUGCAUCAGUUCGACAAGAAGCAGCCGGAUCUGAACUUCCGUAAUCCGCGGGUGAGGCAGGAAAUGGAGUCCAUGGUGCGCUUCUGGUUGGACAAGGGAGUGGACGGAUUCCGCAUCGAUGCGAUCAAUCACGCCUAUGAAGAUCCGGAGUUCCGCGACGAGGAAUUGAUUGAUCCGAAGGGUGAGCUGAUGUGGGAAAAUAUGGACCAUAAGUACACGAAGGAUUUGCCGGAGUGUUACGACCUGGUGUACGACUGGCGUGCCGUGUUCGAUCAGUACAAGGCGCGUGACAACCACACUCGCCUGAUGAUGACGGAGGCAUACACGUCGCUGGAGAACACCAUGAAAUGGUACGGUAAUGGUAACCGUGCCGGUUCUCAUAUACCGUUCAACUUCGCCAUGAUCAAUCAGUUGUCGAAGGAUUCGCGUGCCAACGAUUUCAAGCGAGUGAUCGAUGAGUGGCUUAACGCUAUGCCGAACGGUGCCCAGGCCAACUGGGUGCUUGGCAACCACGACCGUCCCCGUGUCGCUUCCCGGUACGGACGCAAGCUAGCCUCCAGCCUUGCGGUGCUCGAGAUGACGCUGCCCGGAAUCGCCGUGGUGUACUACGGUGAGGAGAUCGGUAUGGAGGACAACCGGGAAAUCUCGUUCGAGGACACGCAGGACCCUCAGGCGGCCAACACGAACCCGGACGUGUACCAGGAGUUCACCCGCGAUCCCGUCCGGACGCCCUUCCAGUGGGACAACUCGGCGUACGCUGGAUUCACGGCCGCCAGCACGACCAAAACCUGGCUGCCGAUACACAGCAACUACCGCGAGGUGAAUCUGGCCGCGCAGAAGACCGCACCGGAGAGCAUGUUCAAGCUGUACCAGAGGCUGAUUAAGCUGCGUAAGGACCACGCGUUCUCGCACGGCCACUACGACUCCAAGGUGCUGCUGAACAACGUGUUCGGUUACACGCGCACCCUCGACGAUCAUCAGUCGUUCGCGGUGGUCGUCAACCUGAACGACAACGAUGUCAACGUGAACCUGAAGGAGCUGCACGAGGACAUCGAGUCGGCCAAGGUGGUGAUGACGUCGCUCGACGCCAAGAUGAAGGAGGGCGACGAGGUGACCGAGGUGUUCCACGUCGUGCUCGGCCAUUACGAUGCGGUUGUGUUUGAAAUUUCAUCCUCCGCCAGCGCACUCGGUGGUUCGUUGCUGCUCAUGUUGAUCGCUUCGAUCCUUCGCUCAAUUUUCUAA